ACGCUGCUAAGUCAGACGAGAAAUCGUGCAUUCAAUGGAGCGCUGGACGUGAGUUGUUCGAGCAGCGGCUCAUGCAAGAGAACUUUGGACGAUGAAACAGAUCAGAUGGAAACAGAUCAGGGAGAGGAUGCGAAAAAAGUCAGAUCUGCAAAAAAUAACGGCAGUAUUGGAGCUUCUGAUGAUUAUGCUACCAACAUCGCCGGAAAUAAUGCUACUAGCCACGCCGUCACAACUAGUAGUUACAACCUCCCUCUGCCUGACGAGCGCUCCAUCGCUUGUCUUGUCAAGUUUUACAAUGAUGAAGAACUUAGUAUCAACGACGUAGUGGAGGUACUGGGUGUAAUCUGUCUAGACCCCAGCCUCUCGGCAACCGACCUGAAUGAAGAAGACUCCUGCCCCAUGGAAGACACGAGGGAACCUGCUGCUAAACUUCCUCCUUCGUUGGUACCCAGAGUGCACUGUUUGCAGCACCUCCCCCUGGCUCACACCAACCCCCUGCUGCCUGUCAUCGACCCUCUGCCCAGCUGGUCCGCUGAUGCUCCUGACACCAGGGAGCUGCUGCGCUGCCUGCUCGAGGAGGCCUGUCUGGGCGACAAUCUGGUCGGCGACUUCCUUAUCUCAUGUCUCUUAGGCUCUGUCUACGUUAGGCUG